AGCAGGCCUGCCCCUUUAAGGUAGUGUCCCUCCCCUGCCCCCUCCCUGCAGGUGACCCUUGCCCGCUUGCCUGCCUACCCCCCCACAGCUGGAGCCAAGAAGGCUGUGUCCCCCUUCUCUGGGCGUCCUUCCAGUCUCCUGCUGUCAGGUAACGCCAAAACCUCGGGCCCCCUGGACUAAUUGCCCUAAUCAGACUGUGCUCCCCUGAUCUUAAGCCAGGUCAGACAUCUGCAGGAAGCCCAGAUAUUUCUUUCCUCUUCCCACCAGGGCUUCCCCUUUCUUGAUCAUCUAUUUCCAGAGCUCUGGCUCUUACUCUGCUGGGACAAGGAGUUGCUAAGAACGCUUUCCUCCCCAUGCACCUGGGGUUGCCACUUAUCUGCCUCUUCGCCUCUUUUCCAGCUAAGGGACACCCGAAUCCCACUUUCCCGGGGAUUGUGGGGAUGGAGGUUGGAGAUGGAGGAAGCCCAGUACCAGAUAUAAGGGCACCUGGAGGCUGAGCCCCACUCCCCUCCCUGACUCAGGAACCUCUUAGGGUCCACAAUAAGGCCUGACCGGGACCUGAGGUGACGACUCUCACACUGCCAAUGAGGGGCACAGUCCUCAGGAUGUUCCAAGGGGAAUAGAAGCCAGAACCAGAGCCUCUAACCCAUUGCCCCCAAUAAUGGGGCCCCCAGUGAGUCAUCUGCUGGCUGGCCUGUGUGUGUGGGUGGCCUUGGGCUUGGCAGGGGGCUCAGCCCCCAACCUGGGCCCUGCUGAGCAGGAGCAGAACCAUUACUUGGCCCAGCUGUUUGGCCUGUAUGGGGAGAACGGGACACUGACAGCCGGGGGCCUAGCGCGGCUUCUCCACAGCCUGGGGCUAGGCCGAGUUCAGGGACUUCGCCUAGGACACCAUGGACCUCCGGUUGGUCGGGCUAUACCCCCAGUUGGAGACAAUUCCACAUACAGAUCACAGGACCCUGAGCUGAGUGUGGAUGUCUGGGCUGGGCUGCCUCUGGGUCCCUCAGAGUGGGGUGACCCAGAGGAGCCAAAGGCCCCAGCAUCGCCCCGUGGGCCAGCCCCCUCUGGCCUGGACCUCUUUCACAGACUUCUGCUGCUGGACCAUUCAUUGGCUGACCAUCUGAAUGAGGAUUGUCUGAAUGGCUCCCAGCUGCUGGUCAACUUUGGCCUGAGCCCUGCUGCUCCUCUGACCCCUCGUCAGUUUGCUCUGCUGUGUCCAGCCCUGCUUUAUCAGAUUGACAGCCGUGUCUGCAUCCAGGCCCCAACCCCAACCCCCUCAGGGGAUCUUCUGUCUGCCUUGGUUCAUAGCGCCCUGGCAGUCCUGCUGCUCAGCCUCCCUGCUCCCCUCUCCCUGCUGCUGCUGCGGCUCCUGGGACCUCGUCUAUUACGGCCCCUGCUGGGUUUCCUGGGGGCCCUGGCCGUGGGCACUCUUUGUGGGGAUGCACUGCUACACCUGCUGCCACAUGCACAAGGAGGGCAGCAUGCUGGACCUAACGGACAACCAGAGGAGGACCUGGGACCAGGACUGUCGGUACUCGGAGGUCUCUUCCUGCUCUUUGUGCUGGAGAACGUGCUAGGGCUUUUGCGGCACAGAGGGCUCAGGCCAAGAUGCUGCAGGCGAAAAAGACAGGAUUUCAGAGCACCAGCCCUGGACCUGGAGGAUGGCAGUGGGAUGGCCCUUCAGCCCCUGCAGGCAGCUCCAGAGCCAGAGGCUCAGGGCUGCCAUGGGGAGCAGGACAGCCAGCCCCCACCAGCCCCAGCUCCUACUGGGCACCAAGGCCACAGUCACGGGCACCAGGGUGGCGAUGAUGCCAAUAUAACGUGGAUGGUCCUCCUGGGAGACGGUCUGCACAACCUCACUGAUGGGCUGGCCAUAGGUGCUGCCUUCUCCGAUGGCUUCUCCAGUGGCCUCAGCACCACCCUAGCAGUCUUCUGCCAUGAGCUACCCCAUGAACUGGGUGACUUUGCGAUGCUGCUCCGAGCAGGGCUGCCCUUUCGGAGGCUGCUGCUGCUGAGUUUGGUGUCUGGAGCCCUGGGACUAGGGGGUGCAGCCCUGGGGGUGGGGCUCAGUUUGGGCCCUGUCCCUCUCACUUCCUGGGUGUUUGGGGUCACUGCUGGGGUCUUCCUCUAUGUGGCCCUUGUGGACAUGCUACCAGCCCUGCUUCGGCCUCCUGAGCCCCUCCCUACGCUCCAUGUGCUACUGCAGGGGUUGGGGCUGCUGCUGGGGGGCAGCCUCAUGCUCACCAUAGCCAUGCUGGAGGAGCAGCUAUGGCCCCUGGUCUCUGAUGGCUGAUGGGGGCCAGUGGAAAGGCGCCAGGUUGCCCUUCCUUCCCCCCAACCACAGGAAUGGAGGCGGGACACAGGGCCAGUAGGAGCAAUAGGAUUUUAAUAAACAGAACCCAUCCCAAA